UCUAUUAUAUUCGGUAUGUGACACAGCAUGUAACUGUAAUCAUUUCGAAGUUUGUAUCAUGCAGCAAAAACAAUGAUAAUUGUAAAUUUUUCACUCUAUUCUUUUUACGACGAUAUAGCCGUGCUUUGCAAGAGCAGUUCGAUUAAAACGCAGUCUUCCAAAGAUAAACGUGGCACUAUCGCUCGGUAAAUGGACCCGAGGACGGCAUUAGAAGAUGACGAAGAGGUUUCUCUUACAUGCGCGCAACGACGUGAAAGCAGUAUUCCUGAAUCGAGCUUGUAUCAGUCGGUGCAGAACAGUUUGAAUCAAGGCUCGCAACAGACAUUGUAUCAAAGCGUUCGCAACACCUUGUACGAGGACGAUAUGAGUGUGAACAGCAUGCGCAGCGCCGUCUCCUUGGAUAAUCUCUGCCCUACGUAUACGGAUGAUCCAUCCACUGUGAAUAAUGACACAAACGAAACAAUUGUAGAUGAAAGUUACACAAACAAGAAGAAUAAUGUACAUGACACAAGAUUGCUUUCUCUUUCUGGUACAAGGUAUAGUUUAUAUUUUCGUGAUGAGAUACGCUCAGUCGAUUUUGUACUUGUGUGGGAUGAGUAUAGUGGAGAAGCACAGACCUAUCGCAGUGUCGAACGUAGAAGGAUAUUUGAGAAGAAUCUAGAAAAAGAAGGUCUACAGUUGGAGUACGAACAAGCGGAACCAAAUGGCUUGCAUUUCAUAAAGAUUCACGCGCCCAAGGAAGUUUUGCGACGAUAUGCUGAAAUAUUGAAACUCAGACUGCCAAUGAGAGAAUUGCCUGGUUGUAGCAUGCCUCAGACAAGCAGCAACAUUAUUAUCAAGGAAGUCAAUUCGUUUUUUCGCCGCAUCAUGAACAGAUAUUAUGUCGACACAACUAUCUUCCCGACGAUGAGACAGAACUUUACGGCGGUGUAUAGUAGGGACAAAGAUUAUUUAUUCGAUUUGGAUUCGCCUAAUUUUUUCACAUCGGCAACUCGAUCACGCAUUGUGCAAUUUAUAUUGGACAGAACUAGAUUCACAGAAACUAAAGAGGACGAUUUCGCAUUUGGUAUCGAACGAUUAAUAUCCGAACAUGCAUACGUUGCAGCGUAUUCGCUUCAUGAUGGAAAUCUACACACUCCAGACUCAAUGCGAUAUCUUUUGUAUACCGAAUGGGCUAGUUUGAGAAAAUGUCUUCAUUAUCAGCCUUUGGAUUAUAUCAAAGAGUACUUUGGGGUGAAGAUCGGGCUUUAUUUCGCCUGGCUAGGAUUUUAUACUCACAUGUUAAUUCCUGCCAGUAUCGUCGGUCUUUUGUGCUUCAUAUACAGUUGCGCUACUUUGUAUUACAAUGAACCGAGCGAAGAUGUUUGUAACAGUAACAAUACAAUCGCAAUGUGUCCAUUAUGUGAUCAUUUUUGUGGAUAUUGGAAUUUAAAGCAAACGUGUUUACACUCGAGAAUUACAUAUCUGUUCGACAAUCCGUCGACUGUAUUUUUCUCUAUAUUUAUGUCGUUAUGGGCCACACUGUUCCUGGAAUUAUGGAAGAAAUAUUCUGCUGAAAUAACCCACAGGUGGGAUUUAACUGGUUUAGAUGCUCAAGAAGAAUAUCCUAGGCCACAGUACUUAGCAAGGCUUGCUCAUAUUAAGAAGAAAUCUGUCAAUAUUGUCACAAGUGUGGAGGAACCGCAAGUGCCAUAUUGGAAGAUGAGGUUUCCCGCUAUGAUUCUCAGUUUUUCAGUUGUUUUACUUUUGAUAGUUGUAGCUAUGGCUGCUGUUCUUGGAGUAGUAAUAUACAGAAUGUCUGUUUUAACUGCGUUAAGUGUUUCUGGACACCCAAUGGUAACCAGUUAUGCUAUAUUGUUCACUACUGCAACUGCCGCGUGCAUUAAUCUUUGUUGUAUCAUUUUGUUCAAUUGGCUUUAUGUAUGGCUGGCAGAAUAUUUGACUGAGAUUGAAUUACUUCGUACUCAGACUGAAUUUGACGAUAGCUUGACUCUAAAGAUUUAUUUACUGGAGUUUGUAAAUUAUUAUGCCUCUAUAUUUUACAUAGCAUUUUUCAAAGGGAAAUUCACUGGUUAUCCAGGAAAUUAUAAUCGUUUUUUGGGUUCUCGACAAGAAGAAUGUGGACCGGGUGGUUGUCUCUUGGAAUUAUGCAUCCAAUUGAGCAUUAUUAUGAUUGGCAAACAAGCCAUGAACACCAUCUUGGAAAUGCUUUUUCCUCUAUUUUACAAAUGGUUGAACACCUUGAAAGUUCACGUUGGCUCGAAAAAGUUGGACGACCCAAAUAAAAGAUAUUCAUCUAGAAAAUAUUUGCAAUGGGUCAGAGAUUAUAAGUUAGUCCAAUGGGGACCUAGAAGUCUUUUUCCUGAAUAUUUAGAAAUGGUGUUACAAUACGGAUUUGUUACGAUUUUUGUUGCUGCAUUUCCGUUAGCACCAUUUUUUGCAUUACUAAAUAAUGUCUUCGAGAUGAGAUUAGACGCGAAAAAGUUAUUGACCAUGUAUAGAAGGCCAGUUGGGCAGCGUGUCAGAGAUAUAGGCAUAUGGUAUCGCAUUCUCGAUUCUAUUUCCAAAAUAUCUGUUAUCACAAAUGCAUUCAUCAUAGCUUUUACUUCAAACUUUAUACCGAGACUAGUUUAUCGUAUAACAGUUUCGAAUAAUUAUUCAUUGGAAGGUUUUCUGGAUCAUUCUCUAUCAAAAUUUAAUACUAACGAUCUGAGUGAAAUUCAGCCAAAUAUGACAUUGAAUAAAGUCCCAAUCGAUAUCUGCCGCUAUCCAGAUUAUAGAGAACCACCAAACUCGCCAAACAAGUACCAGUACAACAUCAUGUUCUGGCAUGUAUUAGCGGCUAGAUUAGCUUUCAUCGUCGUUUUUGAGAAUGUUGUAGCACUAGUGAUGAUUCUCAUACGGUGGUGCAUUCCUGAUAUGAGCUCUAAGUUACACAACAAGAUACGACGCGAAGCAUACAUUACUAAUGAAAUUAUUAUACAUCAAGAAGCACUACGAGCUUGCGAAAGGUGCGAUACUGAUGGUAUAGAACCAAGAAUUACAAAAACAUACAUAGUUGCCAACGAGAGUGCUGAUAGAUGGAACCGAGUUAUGGAAAAUUGCCUGACUACUUCAGAAUUUGAUCUGGAGGUCCACGGGAGCCCGGUUUCGCCCGUCAAUAGAACUCUGCAUAUUAAUCGGAUAAAUACCAAGGAUUCGUCAAAUCUGUGAAAUUCGCGAGUAGCAUAGAUUUUUGAAAACUAAGUCAUUGAAGUGAUGCAAAAAGUUUGUCGUUUGU